AACGGAAGUGUAUAAAGGCCACUUGCAAUAUUUUUGGAGUUACUAUCUUGCUGCGACGAGUUAACUCGCCGCAGUGAGGUAGAAACUCAAUUUUUUGUGCAAGUGGCCCUUAUACGCCUCCGUACUUCCGUAUGUACGCUUUAGUACUUCCGUACGAAGACAACACAGAUGAUGAGGUGAAGUUGCAAUCUGGUGUUUACCCAGAGCUCAGACCACGCGUAAAUGAGGCAGGUCGAUCGAGUAAGAACGCCACUCGACUGUGCCUUGACGAUCUGGCAGGCUGCUUGCUGAACUAUUUGAGCAGCCAGGUGGGUUCAUCGAGUAACUCUCUCUGAUGUGAUGCGGAUACCCGAUUUAUCAGAGUCACAGAUCCAGAGUUUAUAACUACUAGUUGCCUCAUGAAGCAGGUGCCUACAAACAUUGUAUGAAAGCAUGUCAAUGUGGGGCUACCAUCCUUCAUGAUCAUCAAACUCAGACUGCACGUAUCUGCUCAUUCUGGUAUACGUUGUACAUCAGAAAAAGGAAGAUCAUGGCUGAAGGGGGCGGCUCAUCAUCCGAGGAUCAGACCAAAGCCCUACUGUGUGUGGUCUGCGGCGACCGGGCCAACGGCAUGCACUACCGCGCCCUGACCUGCGAGGGUUGCAAGACAUUCUUCCGGCGCAACGCCCGCAAGAUGGCGGAGCUGAAGUGUGAGAUGGGCUCCAACGGGAACUGCGUGAUGGACUUGUACAUGAGACGGCACUGCGGUGGCUGUCGGAUGAAAAAGUGCCUGGAGGUGGGAAUGCAGGUGGACAGGCUUUGGGACAAGGAGAGAAUCAAGACCAGGAAGCCCAUUACUAAGAAAGCCAAACCUGUAGGACAGAGCCCUAACAAGGAGGACAGCCCAAGGACUGUAGAACCAUCAUCCUGUGCACCGAGUACCAGUGAUUCCACUUCAGUAAGCGUCCCUGCACCUGCUUGUACCUCAGUGUCAGAAGCGUCUCAAGCAUUGGACCAGGAGGUCAUCAAUCAGCAUCUGGAGCUAGCCGCGAGGGUAAAAGAAGCAUUCAAGCAGGCUGAGGAGUAUGUACAGGGACAAAAGGAGCCUGUACCGGAAAAGGUGAAAGAGACCGUUUCAGCCUCUUUAAGCAAGUCAACUUCAGGCACAGAGAAGGUGGAGGAUAGGAAGCAACAGCAGGGUGGGCCAGGACCUAUGGGUGACGCCAAGUCAAAAACCAAGGGAAGUCCUGAAAAGAGAAAGGACGGUGGGAAAUCUGUCAGCAAAUCUGGUGCGGGUCAUAAAAAGGUAACAGUAACUCCACGCGAGGGGACAGACGUUCCUCAAACUGAGAUGCCGCCGUGUUCCUCUCUCGGUGUAAGUCUAGAAGAGACAGGGUCCAGUGGGAACUCUCUGAAACAAGCUCAGAGCAAAAAAAGUCAGGUUCUUGGUGAGACGACACCUGUUCAUUCAACAGACAGACAUGCCAAUUGCCCAGAGUGCUCUUUUACAGGUGAUCUGCCACCCUUGAUGGAUCCUAUAACUGGAUAUGCUGACCUAGAGAGUUCACGUGAGCCCCAUCAGUCCGCACAGCCAUUCAGCUGUGGUCUCAGCACUCAGUUAGUGGACAGCGCAGCAGUAUGCACAUGCCAGGCAGAGGUUGCCAAGGAAAGUGCAGUGGAAGAGGAAGUGGCUUGUCUAAACCUAGCUAAAUCAGGCUUUGGCGUCAGUGGGGGCCUCAGGCUCGAUCACCCGCAGCCUGUCGCUACCGAUUGGACUCAGCACCCACGUUCUCCUGAGUUGCCAGAAAAUCUGGAAGCAUGCCCUGACCUGUGGAGUUUCCCAUAUACCCAAGAUGGCCAAGACCUGGACCAGAGUUUGUUGACUUCAGCUGAUGAUCCGGGAACGAGCACCGGACUGAAAGAAGGUCAGGGGUUGAGAUUUGGGAGCUGCGGCGGCAGUAGUGCAGCAGAAGAUAAAACCGUAGAUGAGCAGGAAAGCGGAGGGGACACAGUGUCAUUUGACGAUGUUAUUUUCAAGCACAUUAUGGAACUGAUGGUGAUGGUGUUAAAGAAUAUGACAGUGUUUGCCAAGUGCCUGCCGGCAUUCAAGUCUCUUACAUGGGAGGAUCAAGCGGCUGUUGUGAAAGGUGCCUACCUGGAGUUCCUUAUCUUAACUUCGUCAUCUCUGUAUAACCCCAAGACAAAAGCCUUUGUCAGCAUCCUCAUCCCAGGACAGGAGUACACCAAGGAUGUAGGGAUCAUGGGAGGCUUGAAGAAGUUGUCUGAAAGCAUCACCAUGUUUGCCGAGAAGAUGAUCAAGUUGGAGCUGACAGAUGAGGAGAAGGCUCUGCUCUUUGCCAUCUGUAUCAUGACUCCCGAUCGGCCUGAUGUUAAAGACUUGGAAACUGUCACCACCCAGCAGCAGACUUUAGUGGAGGCUUUGCAGACCUGUGUGAGGUUAAACCAUCCUGGGCAAAAUGUGUUCCCAAAGUCGCUGAUGCUGCUGACGGACGUGCGUGACAUCACUCAGAAGUACAUGGAUGACAUCAUGAACCUGAAGCUACAAGGGACCAGCAUGCUGCCGCUACUCAGCGAGAUGUUCAAUUUUUGAAGACAGCUGCCUUAUUCAGACAUCUUUUUGACUUGGCGCUGUCUGCAUUUUAACUUUUCCCGAUUUUAUAGUAAAAGUCUUCUGAUUCAUUGCAGAAGUGUGUGGCCGACUAUACACACAAGAAAUGCUCACCUUGCUGAGCAUAAGCCUGGAGUUUGUAUUGAAUUCACUACAAAAUGUCAACUGACGGGGUGUGAUUUUUUUUUGAGAUUCUUCCAGAUUUUAGGAUUGUUUUCCCCCAAAUGUUGGGUUUGGGGGAGAUCUAAUCACUCAGGUUUUCACACUUUCUAGCCCUGUGCGAAAAGCUAAGUGCUAGAUUCACAUAAUCGUAGCCAUUUGUGAAAGGAGUCCUGCCUUAUUAGUUAUUACAAGCAUUGAGUUGUAGUCUUUUAUCAUUGUCAUGCUGGAUGUUUUGCGGAUUUCUCUUCGUCCUUGAAUCUCACCAUCGGUAACUGCACUAUAUUGUAGUUGAACAUUAACACUGUGAAAAAAAUAAGAAAUACUGUGAAAAGAAUCCGCAUUCACAAUUGCAUUGUGUAAGGUUUGAAAAGAAUUUUCAACCUGUACAAAAAGUAUAGACAAUGUUUUCCCACUUGUGUGAAGAGAUGUGAAAAUAGUUUCCCACUUAAUUGAACAGACGUGAAAAUGUUUUCCACUUUAUGUGAACAAAUGUGGAAAUUUUUUUCCCACUCCUGUGAACAGAUGUGAAAAUGUUUCCCCACUCUCAUGACUCCUGUGAACAGAUGUGAAAAUGUUUCCCCACUCUCGUGACUCUUCUGAACAGAUGUGAAAAUGUUUUCCCAUUCAUGUGAAGAGAUGUGGAAAUGAUUUCCCACUUGUGUGAAAGGGUGUGAUCAUUUUCUCAUUGUGGGAGAUUGCUCUCUCAUUUUGUGAAAUGAAAAUAGAUUCCGAGGGCAGAGAAAAAAAAGUGAAAGAAUUUUCCAUUGCCAGGUUAAGUGUCAAUUGCAAUGUACUAUAAAUGUGCACAAGACUUUAGUGUUAACUCUGCCUGUCCACUCCCAGGGACACACUCAGAACAGUUUUUCUUCAAACUGGUGCUUGUAAUCAGAGCUUUUAAGUCUUAGCUGUUCCAUGCAUUUUGGGAGAUGACAUAAUUUUGUUCAGAUUUCGGUUUUAAUCCUAAAUGCCUUGUGGUUUUUAGACUCAUAUGGAAAUUGGAGGGCAUGCGUGGCCCUGUUGGGGUUUAAGUCUUUUAAAAGAUUUGUGUAGAAAAUGGUGAAGAGAUGUUGUAAUUAAAUUUUGUUCAAGCAAAAAGUCCCCGUCCAAAAGUGUUCAAGGCUAGCCAUUGGACACGUGGAUAGACGGACUCUUCCCACGACAGAAUGGUUUAUUCAGCAAUUUGUCAUGGUUAGGACAGGGUUGAGCUGCAUGUUAACUCAGAUAACGCGCUGAAAGACUGGAUUGAAUUGACCAACAACAAUGUUGUUUUUUGUAUAUGUGGUAAACGCGCAGCUUGCGUUUACUUAUAGGGACUGAGCAAGUAUACUGUGAUCCGUGACUGUGGUAUGUUCCUGUAUGAUUCAAGUUUUUUUGCACUGGAACAAUUUUGGUUGUGGUUUGUUGAAAACAAGCGUGUGUCGGGGUAUUCCGGCCCUCACCGCCUGAUGGGGAAGUUUCGUAUAUUAGCUGAAUUGGGACCAAGUUGUUUGGACUUCAUAGUGUCACCAUAACACGGUCCCCACAAAACAGGUGACAUAUCGUGUUUGACCCAAGGGGUGGGUGCGUUGACCAGUCGAGAUAUCAAGAUUGUACAGGUCUUGCUUUGUGUACAUUUAGUCAUUGUUUUAAAUUUGGUCCCUAGACCAUGAGAUUGUGACUAUUUGGAGAAUCUUUAAUUCUGGCAACUGCCACAGUAAUUUGACCCAAAUGCAAGAAACUGAAAAACAAAAACUGGAAAAUGUCGCCAAUUUUCCAAAACUUGCAUUUAUUUUCUUUAUCAAGUAAUUGCCAGUUAUGUCUCCCAUGUACCAUAUUUUUCUCGCGCAUGCCUUCAUUCAAGUUUCAUACCAUGUUUUUGAAACUUACUGCCAUUUUUGCCCAUCGUUUGAUUACAUUUCCAUGUAGUUUAAAAAUCUGACUCCUGUGCCUGCAUGUAAAAAGACAACCGGGCAAUACCUCAUUGUGCAUUAAUUUUGACCGCAGGUGGUUACCUGACGCAAGAGAGGGGGGGGGAGCCAGACCAAAUUUGUAACUAAGUUUUCCCUGAAAGGGAUGUAUCCUUUAUCAUGUACAUAUUGAUAAAUAUCUUGUAUGGUACUGGAUUUUUCAUUGAUUUCUUAUGAAUCUCCAUGAUUUUUGCCCAUAUAUUUUUGUCAUCCUUUAAGGAAAAAAAUUAUUUCCUACAAUGUAGAGAGUAUGUAUGGUUAGGGCCCUUGCCGCUGCAGAUUUGUACAACCACCAUUCACAGUACUUAACCGACGCUAGUUUCUAUGAAACAUGUCAAAAGGAAUUUUUGGCCGAGUUGAAAACAGCCGACAGAUGGGUAUCCAAAAUUACCGAGUUUAGGGAUGCGAGUUUUCAGGCAAAGGCCUGGGAUUUCAGGCUUUUCAUGUAAAAUGUGGGUCGUAUUUUAGACGUUAACAAGGUAUGUAUUCAAUCUUCUCUGGCCUUUUUGGGGGGCCUUGGAAGCAAUGAGGACAGAUACACUGGCUUCCUUUUAUGUGAUUGUGUACCCAUUUCGUCGUGUUAGGAUUAGGAGGAUCUGGCAAGGAUAGAUGUCGGGGAGCGCCUAUUUAAUUUACGCAAACAUAGUCCUGUGAAUAACAGUGGCCCAAAACAAGUAAUUAUGGUGAUGGGGCAGCCUCAAGUCACAAUAACUGCGUACACCAACCACUGACAGACCCGCUGUAUGUUGUUGCUUUUCAAGGAAAGUACGUGCACAUCCUGUCUGCUUUUCAUGAAGAAAAUAUGAAUAUAUCAGACAGCAUUGCACGUACACGAGCACGGGGAAUUGUUUGGGGUGGUGCUUUGGAAAUCAUAAAGGGAGAAAGGAAGGGAACAAUAAUGUAACUGAUUUUACUCCAAUAUUAAGCUUGGCUGAAUUGUACAAGUGUAUAGAAAUAAUUCAAACAAUGCAGUUUAUGGCCGAGUAUUCAUUUAUAUCCUGCACUUUUAAUGCACAUUGUUUCAUGGUGCUGAUGUGAAAGUGAUAUUGCUCUACUCCAUUUGGUCCGUGUUUGUAGGUAUUGUCUCGAAAGCUCUUUGUAUUGUACUCACAAUCAGCUCACAAAAAUGAUUACCUGUGUGCUGCAGCUGUCCUCUCGAGGUGAAAGAGUUUGACUUAUACAAUAGCAGUUAAUGCUUCAGGAGUAGGUUGUUUUCAACAGGUGGUUUAACGAAGUAGCGUACUUGAUGUAGGCAGGUAUUUUUGUUUUAGACAGAAGCGUUAUUGUCCCUCAAAUCUCUUUUCAAGAACUGAAACGUGAUCUGCAAAGCAAUUUGUAAAUCGAUGUGGGUAUUAUAGUGCAUUUGCUGAGAUGUUUGAUAUAGAAGAAUUAUUUGCACCCGUCUGAUGUUGAAGCAAUCAGACAGACCUGCGGUUUUCUUUCACUUCUUUGCCCAUGUGUAUCUGAUGGCGAAACUCGCACAUCGAUGAAAUGCUUCAGCAGGUUUGUGUGCAGAAAAGCUCGUCAGUUGGCUAAACAAUGUUGAAAUGUGUGAAUAUUAUACUGAUUAAUAGUUCUUCAUCGCGUCAAUUUUUGGAAUGUUUUAAGGCAUUGGUAUUGCGACAUAAGUGAGCGAGAUGUAAGUGGAUAAGAAUGGGUCAAUUCUUGUUAAAACAAGGCCACUCGGACCUUCCGACUUAAAAACCUUGAGCUGACCACAGCCUUGUAAUAAGGAAAGGAGGGAAAGAAGAGAUCGGGGCCCUCAGAUCUAGUGGACUGUAUUCGAAAUAGGUAACCUGAGGAGAGUGAACUUUGUUGAAGUUAUAAUUGUAUGUUGUUCGUUAGCACUCGGAAUGACGUCAGACCUGCGUAUUGUGAGUCUUUCGUGUUCGUAUAUGAGGGGCUUUUAUGAAUUUAUGUCGUGGAAAAGUUGAUUUUACAUCACUUUUUUCAUUCGCCUAAUGACAGUUUAGAUAUCUUUUGAAGUGUUUUUGUCAUUUUAUUUUAGGCACGUAUUGCUUUUCGUGUUUUCAGUAAGACGUUUAAUAAGUACAUUGGUUCAAAUUAUAAACUUGCACUGAAAUCCAAUCUCCUUGGAGAAUAAAUCAUCAUAUAUGUCACAUACGUGUGUGUAUAUAUAUGCAUUGGCUGAAAUGAGAAAUAAAUAUUUUUAUGUGGUCAUAUUGCAAA